UCAUCAAACCAAACAUUGAGAGAGAAAAAUAUAGAUAUUAAAAAACACAAGCCCCUAAAUGACAUUUUUGAAUUUUUUGCGAAGCAAUGAGCUGGUAGACGGCAGCAGAAGUAGUCCUCCUUCCUUUUUCUGGGAUCUCUCUUCAUGUUUAUGCUUACCUAACUGUAGUUUCAUGUAAAAUUGAAUUAGACUUAUCCCACACUGCCUGGCCCCGCGUUCACUGCCUACCCCCGCGUUCACUGUAAGCUGUCUAAAAUGGCGAAGACGUUAAUAUCAACAGUGGAUGGUGUUCACUGCAAUGCAUGGAAUCACUGCGGAGAAAGAAUGGCGGGAGGGUCCCUCGACGGUUGCAUUCACAUCUUCGAUUCUCCUUCUCAAUUUGCUUGUACUUUCAAGUGGAAGGCUCAUAACAGUAGCAUUGUCAAGCUAGUAUGGGGACCUCCUGAGUAUGGAGAUGUCAUUGCAUGUUGUUGUAUGGAUGGAACUAUAUCGUUAUGGGAAGAGGCAGGGGAAGACAUUGAAUCAUGCAAAUGGAAGUUGUGUAAUCGUUUUCAAGACAGCAGUGUACCAGUAUUGGAUAUUCAGUUUGGUAAUUGUGUGUCAGGAUUGAAAUUGGUGGCUGCAUAUGCUGAUGGUCAUGCAAAGGUCUAUGAGUUACUUGAUCCUUUGGAGCUUAAACGAUGGCAGCUUCAGGCUGAAUUUCAAAAUGUAAGCCAUGCGGUAGAGAGAUUUGAAAAGUGCUCAUCCUUGACAGCAUCCAUUGCAUGGAAGUCCUCUACGAAUUCCACUCAGCAACCGACCUUUAUUCUAGGCUUCAACUCCAAUUUACCUUACUUCAAUGUUGCAAAAAUUUGGGAGUUUAUGGAGGUUCAUCAACACUGGCAUCCAACUGCAGAGUUUAUAGUGCCAGGUGAAGAUGCAGAUCAAGUAUAUGCCAUUUCAUGGGCACCUAAUAUUGGCAGGCCAUAUGAACUAAUAGCCAUUGCUGGUAGCAAAGGAGUUUCUAUAUGGCAUGUCGAACUUGAUCCUAACACAAAUGAAAGGCCUAAGUUGACAAGGGUAGCUACAUUUACAGGUCAUGUUGGUGAGGUCUGGCAAUUGGACUGGGACAUGGGAGGAAUGACUUUAGCAACAUCUGGAAAUGACGGUACUGUACGCUUAUGGCAAUCAAACACAAAUGGAGUGUGGCAGGAAGUGGCAGUUAUAGAAAGCAGUCAAUGAUUUUUUGAAGACAUCAUUUUUAAUUUUUACUAUGAAUUUUAGAGGGCAAUAUUAUGAUAUAAUCUCAAAAGCUUUAUCGUUAUGAUUCUGUACAGUCUGGUGUUACUUCAUUUUAUGAUUAAUUUCUUGAGGGAUCAAUAGCAAAUAGAAUAGAAUAGAAGAAUUUUAAUGUCCAUGCGGCCAAAGAGAGUCUAUGGGGACAACAGACAUUGCCAUUUUACCUUUUUGACUACUUGAUCUUUUGUUAUUAAGCUUGAUGAUGAAAUCUCUUGUUUUCUCAA